AGUCAGCUCCAUUUACUAGGAAUUGCUGGAUUUGUGGCCGCCCCAGCGUCUGGCGGCUGUGCAGAGAGAAGUGUCUCAGCAGGCAGGGAUGAGCCAGAGCUCCUGCCUCCCCUGUGCUUCGUACCCUAAAGGAGAAGGCUGCAGCUCAGCUUGGUUGUUAAAACGUGAGCAAGAGUAGCUUGAUCCUGCGGUAGCGAAGUGCCCCUCUUGGAGUGAACUGCAGAGACUGGCAGUGGGAUGGGGCCAGAGGGGAGUUAUGCCUGAGUGACUGUCACAGGGCUGAGUAGCCAUGGAGGGCGGGAAGGGGUGGAGAGUGAGAUCCGCUCUUAGCUCACACACACAGCCCUAUAAAGCUAGGGCUGCUCCGUUGAACGGGCUGCAUUUCUCCUGCUGCUGCAACGUCUCUGCCUCCCCUCUGCCCUGCCUGAUGGUCUAGAGGGAUUAAGGAAAGUAGGGAAAUCCGUUGCGUGCAGGAGGAGGUGGAGGGAGGGGGGCAGUCAUUAGCAUUCCUGAGCUGUGCCUGAGCUGGCAGCAUCUCAAGGAGAGAUCCGGGGCCAGCCCAGGAAGGGAGCUGGGACCAGGAAGAGGAGCUGGAGCCCUGUUCCUGACACCCCGUCCCCCAGAACCCCUCAGCCCUGUGUACCACCAAGCACUCGCCUUCUAGUUUCUGCUCUGCGUCUCUUUCCCUUUCUUUAUCCUGCUCUGAGUGCCUGUUCUCGGCAGCUGCCUGGCUGAUUUGGGGCUCGAGCUGAACUUUGCUUCUGGGUCUGGGGCUCUGCAACUGCUGCACUUCCCCAGCGAGGCUGGCUCUGGGGAUGGGACUCCGGGAGCUGACUGUCUGGCUGAUCGUGGCUGUGGGGCUCGUACAUGUGUCCCUGCAAGGAGAGUUCCAGAGGAAGCUCUAUAAGGAGUUGCUGAAGAAUUACAAUCCUCUGGAGAGGCCUGUGGCCAAUGACUCCCAGCCGCUCACUGUCUACUUCACUCUUAGCCUCAUGCAGAUCAUGGAUGUGGAUGAAAAGAAUCAAGUUUUAACAACCAACAUUUGGUUACAAAUGUAUUGGACAGAUUACUAUUUACAAUGGAACAUGUCGGACUACCCCGGAGUGAAGAAUGUUCGUUUUCCUGAUGGUCAGAUUUGGAAGCCAGAUAUUCUUCUGUAUAACAGUGCUGAUGAGAGAUUUGAUGCGACAUUUCACACCAAUGUUUUGGUCAAUUCUUCAGGACACUGCCAAUACCUGCCCCCAGGCAUAUUCAAGAGCUCAUGCUACAUAGAUGUGCGCUGGUUUCCAUUUGAUGUUCAGAAGUGUAAUCUGAAGUUUGGAUCCUGGACCUAUGGUGGAUGGUCCUUGGACUUACAAAUGCAAGAAGCAGAUAUAUCUGGAUACAUAUCAAAUGGAGAGUGGGAUCUAGUAGGAGUUCCUGGGAAGAGGAGUGAGAGUUUUUAUGAAUGUUGUAAAGAACCUUACCCAGAUGUGACAUUCACAGUGACUAUGAGACGUAGGACUCUGUAUUAUGGACUCAAUCUUCUCAUUCCUUGCGUGCUGAUAUCUGCACUUGCCCUAUUAGUUUUUCUGCUUCCGGCUGACUCAGGAGAGAAGAUCUCACUAGGUAUAACAGUUUUAUUGUCUCUUACUGUCUUUAUGCUACUUGUGGCAGAAAUUAUGCCAGCAACAUCAGAUUCUGUGCCAUUAAUAGCUCAGUAUUUUGCCAGCACCAUGAUUAUUGUUGGCCUUUCUGUUGUUGUCACUGUUAUUGUUCUGCAAUAUCACCAUCAUGACCCAGAUGGGGGGAAAAUGCCAAAGUGGACAAGAAUCAUCCUUCUGAACUGGUGUGCCUGGUUCCUGAGGAUGAAGAGACCAGGGGAGGAUAAAGUACGCCCUGCCUGUCAGCAUAAGCAGCGUCGAUGUAGCUUGUCAAGUGUAGAUAUGAACACUGUGAGUGGACAACAAGCCAGUAAUGGGAAUAUGCUCUAUAUUGGGUUCCGGGGGCUGGAAGGGGUCCAUUGCACUCCGACCACUGAUUCUGGGGUAAUUUGUGGGAGGAUGACCUGUUCACCAACAGAAGAAGAGACUCUCCUGCACAGUGGACACCCCUCUGAAGGUGACCCAGAUUUGGCUAAGAUCUUGGAGGAAGUCCGAUAUAUUGCAAACCGAUUCAGAGACCAGGAUGAGGAGGAAGCCAUUUGCAAUGAAUGGAAGUUUGCAGCCUCCGUGGUAGACCGUCUCUGCUUGAUGGCCUUUUCUGUCUUCACAAUCAUUUGUACGAUCGGCAUUUUAAUGUCGGCACCAAACUUUGUAGAGGCUGUGUCUAAAGAUUUUGCUUAAUUCUGCAAAGUGUCUGUGAUCCUUCAAGGUAUGCUAUGUAGCAUAUAGAUGAGUACAUGGUCUUUUUUUUAAAAAAAAACAUGCCAUAUCAUGAAUAUACUCUUACUCAGUGACACAUUUAAAAACAGUAAAAUGUCUAUAGGGCUCACUCCAACCUGUGAGAUGCUGAGGGACCUUAACUCCCACUGAAGUGUGUAAAUAGGACAUUCAGUUUGUAGGGUUGAGUCCACAGUUUGUGAGCUAUUGCUAAAGUAUCUGAUGGACCAAUCUAAGGCCACUGGCAUUAAUGGAAAGAUUUCCAUUCACUGCAAUGAGCUUUGGAUCAGGCCCUCAGCCAAUAAAUGACACAAGCGCUAUAAUGGGGGAAUACUCCCACCAGCUUAUGUUGUCAGAAGCAACUAGUGAAUGGGGGUGGGAGGGGGCCCAAGCUGACCCUCCUGAUUUUCAGAGGGUAGGUACUCAGCAAUACAGUAACUCCUCACUUAAAGUCGUCCCGAUUAACAUUGUUUCAUUAUUAGGUUGCUGAUCUAUUAGAGAAAAUACUCAUUUAAAGUUGCCCAACAUUCCGUUAUAAAGUUGUUUGGCUCGCCCCGCUCCACCUGCCUGCCCGGCGCUCCUGCCGGGGAGCGGGGUCAGGGUGUUGGGGCUCGCCCCACUCCACCUGCCUGCCUGGCGCUCCUGCCGGGGAGAGGGGUCAGGGCAUUGGGGCUUGCCCCAAUCCGCCCACCCGGUGCUGCUGCUGGGGAGCAGGGUUGGGGCAUGGGGGCUUAUCCCACUCUGCCCGCCUGGCAUUCCAGGCGGGGAGUGGGCAAGCCCCCGACCCCACUCCCCGGCAAGAGCGCCAGAUGGGCGGAGUGGGGCAAACCCCUGUGCCUUAUCCCUACUACGCCCCACCUCAACCAAACUUCACAGUAUCUUUGGUGAGUAUAGUAUUAGUUUGUUUAAAAUUAUUUAAAACUUAUACUGUAUAUGUAUAUAAUGUCUUUUGUCUGGCGAAAAAAAAUUCCCUGCAAUCUAAUCCCCCCCGCCCCGUUUACAUUAAUUCUUAUGGGGAAAUUGGAUUCGCUUAACAUUGUUUCGCUUUUUAGUAGCAUUUUUCAGGAAUAUAACUACAACGUUAAGUGAGGAGUUACUGUACUGAAAAUCAGGCCCCAGAAAAGUGUGUCAAGUUGGGCUCCUAAAAACUGAGGCUGCCAAAAUGGACACUACCAACUUUAAUGGGAGCCGGCUCUGAAGCAUAGAUCCUAAUUUUAACAGCACUAAAAGUGGGGCCUGAAUUUUUAAAACACACUUGAAAUGAUUUGUCAAGGAAUUUAAUUUUGGGGCUUAUACCCACUGCCUUCUCCAGCAAAGACAUUCUUUGAACUGCCAAGUUUUGUUGAACCUAUUCUGCUAUAUUGAUCUAUGUCUUUUUUUAAAAGGAAAAUGCAGGAUUCAAGAUCUCUACAUCUUCAUUUGUUAAAGAGAGACUCGUGUCUUUUUACUGAUUGCUUUCCAAUGUGGCAAAAAUAACUCUCUCUAUACAAACUCAAAAAUAAAUGACAAAUCUAAAGCAAAAUGAGCCAUUUAAGUGUUCAAAAUUAAUGUUUUGUCUGAUGCAUGCACAGUCUUUUAGAUAUAGCAUCAUCUUUCUGUUGACUUACCAAUAUGUAUUAUGGAAAGAAAACAGGUUAGCUUUUUUGCUCAGUGCAUUGUUUAAUGCUGAAAACUCUUCUUGUUGUGCAUAAGCUGUAAAUAGUUACCAGGAAACUUUAAAUAGGAAUUCCUUUUUAGAAAACCAUUCUGUGGGCAAAGUUUUAAGUGCACAAAUAAGUAAUUAGGUGCUUAACAUUAACCAUUUGUACCUUUAAAAUUCUCCCCAUGGAAUGUUAAACUUUUCAAGUGAAUGUGGUGCUCAAGGAAAGUGCUGAGCUGACAUGCUGGAGACUGCAGUCCUGUGUCUACAAAGCAGGUGCUGAAAAGUAUCCCUACUCUGUCCUGCCAGUGUGCCUGAACUAUGAUCUCAGAGGACGGGGUUCUUUUUAGGCAGCAGAAGCUAGUUCAGUUCUGAGAUUGCCAAGAAGGCUGCAAAUUGAUGCCAGUUAUGGGAAGUUUUUAUUGAAGCGGAUAUUAGACUGAGAAUCCAACUAACUUCUCAGACAGCUGUAAGAGCAAUGGGUUAGGACCCUCUUUUGUUUAUUACUGAUUUUAGCUGGUUUUGAAUUACAAACAGUUGAAAGGCUUUGGGUGAGAGCUUCAUCCCCACUUUGGUCCCUUACUGCCAAAUAAAAAGCCUAGAGUGGUGAAAGGGGUCCCUAAAAAGUCCUCUGUAUAGCUGGGGGAGUAUUCUUCUGGCAUAGGGGGCAUGCUGGCAGUGGGAGAGAUGUUGAGCCACAAUACACAGCACUGUGGAGAUUCCUGGCAGUGCUGCUUCCCAUAGGGCAGGCCAGGGAGGUUGCUGUAAUCUAGACAGGCCUGGGCAUGUUGCACCCGGGGGUUUGUGCAGCCCAGGAUCAGGAGGCGCAAGGGGAGGCUUAAAGCUAUGUUAGCUCCCCUCCCCUGGUGCUGUGCCUCUUGAAGUGCAGCACAGAAUCCCACCUAUAAUAUCUAGAGCUGAGCAAAUAAUUUACACUGAUUAGUUAAUUUAGUCUCUUUGGUUUUGAUUUGUCCAUGAGGAAAUCAGUUUCUUACAUGUAUUUCUUACAUGUAUUUAUUCAAAAUUAUUCACUGAAUAAUUCUUGGUUUGUAGAUUGCUCAUCAGCAGUUCAUUAUUUGUUAGUCUCUAAGGUGCCACACGUCCUCCUUUUCUUUUUGCGGAUACAGACUAACACGGCUGCUACUCUGAAAUCUGAGUUUGAGUGGAGUCACAUGGUAUGAUUCCCUGAUUCUAGGAGUUAUGCUCUGCCAAAUGGCUUUCUUAUGCAAAUACUUGUGUUCAAGUUGAAAAGUCUUUAGAGUGAUUUAUUAAACCAUCGCUUAAAAUGUGCUGAGUCAGCAAAAAUUCCUGCUAGCCAAUUCACCUGUUAGCAUAUUCACGGAAGGUGAGUGCAAGUACAGGAUGAAUCAAAUUCAGUUGUUUAGUUGAGUGAAUAUAAAUGGAAUAUAUUCUUGAGAUUUGCUCACCUGCUUGUAGUUCUCAAAGAUCUCUACCAAUACUCUGAGCUAUCCACUCCCUCGAAAAAAAAUUAUUUCUAAAAAUGUUGGCUUAGAAAUCAUUGUUAAUGUGACCAUCUGGCUGGAUAUGGACAAAAUUUCUGGUACAAUGUAAGAUGGUGGUAGAAAUGUUUUGUCAGACUACACUGCUCCCCAUCAAAUGGAAUUUAGUGUUAAACAAAAUGUUUCGUAUUUACACUCUAAAGUUCAUUGUUAAAGUAGUUGUGUAGCCCAAUGGAAAGUGGAUUACAAUCUGACAUUGAGCUCCUAUGUUACCAUUGCGUGUCUACACUUGGAAAAGUGGGACCUAUAGUUUUCUAUGGGGCAGCUCUGCCAGAGCUAGCAACGGUGGAGGCCAUAGUAUAUCUAAAUCUCAGGUGUUUUACGACUGAUAUUUCACACUAUUAAGAAUUGGGCUUGACAGCUUGGUGGUAAGACACCAGCCUCGUGUCUACACUAUAGCCUCCAUCACUGCCAACACAGAAAUGCACCAAUGAUAAAUUAUGAAUCCUAAUUUUCUUAGAGUGGAGACAGCCUGUUAGACAAAUAGCAAGAUGACAGUUGCCAGCAAUUACAACAGUGAAUUUUUAUUUUGUUACGUGAAGAUACUGCUUAAAGUUGUAAAUUUUCAGACGGCUGGCCUGAGCAAAAUAGGUAAAAUUUUCUUGCCAAACUGUAGGUAUUAUAUGUAUAUGUGCUAAAAGAUAGUCUGAUCUAAAUGCUGGGGGAAGUACACUUAAAGCCCUAUGCAUCGAGUUGGGAAUUAAAUACCAUAUACUCUAUGUGUGCAUAAUAUAUAGGAGAUACAUGUUGAUAGUGAUCUGUUAUGAUCUUACACUGUGGUGAGUGAGUUCUCUCAAGUGACUUGUUUGGCAAACACACUAAAAAGCUCACUCUAGAGCGCUGGUAUCAUGUACAAUAUUAUUGGACAAUAGACAUUACUUUGUCUGUUUUUAUAUUGAAUAUGAAGCUUUUUAAUAUUUAAAAAAUAAAUUG